CCAAUAUGGCGUGCGUGUUGUGAGCGAUGUUAACGUGCAGGUAACCCCCUGCUCUUAAUACUUGGACAGAUCUCGAUGAACAAGGAGAACGAUGUAAUCACAGCAAAAUAAUAGCAAAACAAUGUACAAUGAACUACAGUGGAAAUAUGCCAGAUUGGCAUCAGUAUAAUCCUCCGCAAUCAGGAAUAAACGAUGUAACAUCGACCACUCAAAAUGUCAAUUCGGGACACUUAUCGUUUAUCUCCAAUAUUAAUCCGACCUGCCCGACGCAGUUGAACGGCCUGAAUCUCAGCUCGGAGGGAAUCGAGAAACACCAGAACGACUCCAAUUUUAAUCCGAGGCACUUUCAGCCGCAUCUGUCGAGCAACAUCUCGCACGGUCACAAUGCCACUGACAACAAUCCCUUGGCGUCGAUGGUGCAGAUGCAGAAUUGCAUUGGCCACUAUGGGCCUUCGAAUACGAGAAAUCCCAUGGUGGACAAUCUGAAUGGUCCUAUGGAUCCGAGGAAUGCCGCGAUAGGCGGUAUAAACGAAGAGCUAGGCUAUAGAAAUAAUCAGGUGCCUUUAAACGGGCCUAUCUCACAUCUAAAUGGACCAAACGUGAUGAAUAUGAAUGCACCGCAUGCGUCAAUAGGAUCACGAAACACCAACGUGAAUUCGCAUGCCGCUGGUAGGACGGGUCCCCCGCCGUCCUUCGUUCCCUGCAAGGGUUUGUGCUGCAAUCCGGAUCCUAACAGUUACCAGCAGUACUGCUCUUAUCCGAACAAUGCGACUUACAGGGAGAAUAUUCGCACGUCCACCGGAUAUCAAACGGACGCACGACGAUUCGGAAACGAUUAUAAUUUUAGGAAGGACAAUUUUGACGGCAAAGAGGUUCUGUCGCCUAUGGUGCCACCGCCUAAUGGGCCUAACGCUGAUCACCGGAGGAACUAUUCCGAUUUUAAAUAUCGCAAGGAUCGCUUGAUUUCCCGCAACUAUCCAUCAUCCUCGGGCAUGUUGCCGAACUACCCCAUGCAAAACUACAACUACACGGGAGAGUACCAGAAGUAUCCUUACAACGUCAAAGAGUAUUCCAAGAUGAGCGGCAUGAACGUGCCGAAUCAGGGGAUGGUUAAACAUCCGGAGCAAGGUUUCGCUAUGCCCCAGCAGAAAUAUAACAACAAACAAGUGCCGUAUCAAACCGGCGGUGCUAUGAUAUCAACCAACUUGCCGUCCACGAGUGUUCCGAACCUGAAUAUGAUGCCACCUGCUCAGAAUACUUAUUUCAAUUCGCAGUAUCCAAGGAAUCUAUCGACAGACGCUUCGCAUGACUGUCAGGAGGCCGCCGACAAUACAUCCAUGGUGAACAGAAUGCAAACGUCUACGACUAUGCAUCCUCCCUCCCAUCCACGGUAUCAGAUGUAUCAGCAGAAGAUAGCGAUGCAGAGAUUCUCGAUGGAGAAUCAUCUGAGGGAGUUGGCGAAGAUACCCGGGUACCAGUCGCAUCCCAAGUAUAAGGAAUGUGUUCAUAGAUAUAGAGAAUUAUUGAAAUUACAGCAGUCUCAUGUCACAUAUCAGGGACAAAUACAGCAGACUCCGUGCGUCACCGCCACCACGUCGACUGUUAAUACCUCUGCUAUCCCGCCUAUAAACUUGCAGUUCGAUCAGAAUGGCGUUUUAAUAAAUUCUAAUUACAUGCCUGAAGCUUUCCCUAGAGUGCAACAAGCGGUGAAUUCUCAGGCGCCGGUGGACAACCCGGUGGACAAACAGGGUAAGCAGGACGGCAACGGCGUCCCCGAAAUGGUGAAUCGCAACGUCCAGAAGCCGGAACAAUUGGUGUCGCAGCAACACGACGGUCAUGCGACCGCGCUGUGCGCGGAAAGCAUGCAGAAGCAAGAUCGAUACCCGGUGCAAAAGAGCCUCGAGCAGAAUCAGUUCGAGAUUCAAAAAACAGGAAGCGAGAGCUUCAACAAUCUGACUGGGAACGCGAAUAACGCGGUUAUACAACAGAAAAUGCCCAAAGAGUUCGCCGAUAAGCCGGAGCUUGACGUACGACAGUUUCUCGCCAACUGGGACGAAUCGGAGGACGAGGAUGGCGCGGGUACCAAUUUGCCGAACGCCGUUCUGAGCGACUCGACACCAGUGGUAGUCGUGGGCUACGAGAACGUGAAUAUCUCGUCGAAGACGUUGGAGGGUCUAGAAGUCUCCAAACCGGAAGAGAUCACCCCGAGUGUUAUAACGUUCGAGAAUCAGCAGAAGAGCGACAUCGGUGUGGUACCAGCGCAAGACUGUCUGACCAUAUCGUACUCAUCCGCGGAAAACGUUGAGAUUGCGAAGGAUUCAACGUGUAAGGACAUCACGAAGGAAACUAUUGUACGGUCGGGAAGCCACAUUAUACAGUGCAUAAGCAACGGGCCUGACGAGGUACCAACGAUACAUAUAGUCGACAAUUUGGAGAUAGGUAGCAUUUUGCAGGUCACCAACGGUCAAGUUACCGAGACUCUGGAGAGACAAGAUGCGGUGUCGUUCUUCCAAGAAGGAACGGAAGUCGCGGCAGCCGCGAUAACUCUCGAGGCUGCCGACAAGUUCAAAAAGACCGACAGCAACGCGACCGAGUCGGCUACGGCCGAGUGCAACACUGACCUUGGAAAUCUGAACAAGGAGCAAUACGUCGUCGAAGGUCUCUGUCCGCCUAAAGCGGUGGAGAGCACGUCGCAAACGUCGCGAGGUGACCGGCCGAUCACCGUUCUGCCUACGUCCGCGAAGGAUUCUGCCCGAGACACGAAUUUGAAGAAACAGAACAGUUUCGCGAGCGAGGAAUCUCAUAAUCCAGACGAUAUAAGUCUGCCAGACUUGCCCACGUCAGAGUGCACUCCUAUCUCUACCACGCUGAACACGCCGAUCCAUUCCGACAACGAGGAGUCGUCGGAGCGCGUCGAGGAUCUCACGAUAUCGACAAAUCCAAUCGAGAUUAUACAGAACAGUCCUAUGAUUAGUUUCACGCAGUCGCCGACGAACAGGGAGCCUUACGAUCAUUUGAACAACGAGGAAACCGUCAGAAAUAAACCAGCUGAUUCGUUAGAAAGUGAAUACCAGACGGAGAAUCGUUUCAAAAACAGCGGCGGUGAUAACAAUAUGCUCGGUCAUGAUGUUAUUCUUGAUACAUUUGAAUUUUCCACGAAUACUGAUAAGAAUGGAUCUACAUCGUCUACAAAAAACGGUAAAGAGCACGCAAAUCUGAAUGAAACUUCCGCUUCGGCAAACAACAGUGAGAAGAUAUUUACGCUUGACAACGAAACGGAAACUGUAGAGGCCACUAACAUGCGUAUGACUUUGACCUCCGGCGAGUAUGAAUUAAAGAUCGUGUCAACGGAAGCGCAGAAUAAAUCAAUGCAGGCUCAUAAAAAUUUAAGCGAGCGCCGCGCUAAUGAAUUUCGAGCGACGAGCCCGGACGCUCAUAAAAAAUUACAUGCAGAAACGAAUGCAAAAGUCGCGUUACAGUAUAGCGAUUCGACGAACGGGGACAACAUGACGCAGAAUGUCACGAAUAAUCCCGACCCCGUUGCAUUAGACGGCGGUCAGGAUGAUUAUUCCGGAAGGAGACGCACCUCAACCGAAAUGACCCGUCAGAUGGCAACAAGUAGGGUAAGUUCAUCAUUGACAAACGACGCCGCUCCGAGGAGUUCCAGGACAGAAGAUAUGAUGCAGAUUGUCAAAAGUAAUUCACCUACAUCACAUAGCGCGAAACAGCUGACAUUGGGUAGCGAUAAGUUGAGGAAGCCCGAGGCAUCAUUCGCGAACGAGGAUUCUUCCACGGAGAAGAGCGCCAGCAGUAAUAAAUCAGCAAAAAUUAACGCAACGAACCUGAAAAAUUCUCGGCAUGCAAAACUCGCGGAUCGUAAGAAGUCAGUCUCGGGCGACCAGGCAAUCUCUCACAAGAAGAGAUGUUUGUCGGAAAAUACGAAGGAUAGGUGCGGCGAAACCAUCGUACAUCACAAUAAACAUACUCAAGAAGCGGCAACGCAUAAGGACAAAUCCUGUACUGUCGAAAAUUCCAAAGAAUUUGACAAUUCGCAUAAUAAACCGAGAGUGAUCGAAAACAUUAGCAUCACCGAUAGUGGGGAAAGGAUGCGGCUUCUAAAGGAAUAUAGAAGAACAAAAUAUAAAUCACUUAGCGUUAGUAAAGUCCAUGAUAAGAAAAAGGAUACGCAGGAGGCCUCUGAUUAUACAACGAAUAAGACGUGUCAUCGUUCGUCGAAUCCUGACGAACGAUCCGCGCCGCAGUCACCAUGCGAUAAUCAGCUGUGCCAGAAAGACGUGGCGAGAUCUAAGUCGUCCGAGGAACAGGAAGGAAAACACGCGAACAUCUUGAAGACGAUCGUAGCUAAGAAUAAAAAUCCUGACUUCGCUAUUCAAGUUAGGAACGUCAAUCUGAAACUCAAGGAUGACGAUCACCAGAAAGGAUCGCAGCAUUCGAGGGAAGAGGCGAAGAGCAGCGGUUCACUUGACGGGAUUAAAAUUGAAAUAAACGUGUCAUGCACGGAACGGAACACAACGGAGAAAUUGCUGCACGAGAAUAUCAAGAAUGCCGUCGCCGAGACGAUCGGCCAUUUGACUAAUACGAUCUCAAAUUCGACGAAUAUAACGGACAAGAAAAUGAUUUGUGAUAAAGCGGAUCGCCAGGAUUAUGAGAAGCGCAAUCGAUCACCAUCCGUUGUAACAGAAGCGUCUACGUAUAACGAAGCUCACGAAGAUCACGACAACAAGAUCAAAUCGGUGAUCGCAUGCGAGAAAGAUGCGAACAGCGAAACACUUUCGAAGAAGAGACGAAGUUCAUUGUCGGAACAAGAAUUGAUCAAUGACGUAUACGAAGAUAGCGGUAUGUUUUCGAAUACUUGUACGGAAUCGCCUAGUUGCAAUGUAAUUUUACAAGAUGAUACUCUUUCAGGCACCGUUAAUACCGAAUCUGAGUUGGCAUCGAGCUCUCUGAAAACUUCAAGAUCGGAACACGCGACGAGCAGAAGGAGAAGCGUGCAUCAAGAUGCAGAAAGGAAGGUCGCUACUACCAACUUCUGUAGCGAGGAACUGAAAGCCUCUUCGGAUAAUUCGCCAUACUUAGGAUUGAAGACCGUCAAUGCGCAGAAGAAGGAACAUCAGCAAACAGCCGUCGCUUCUCCAUGCAAAAACGCAAGAAAUUUUCAAGAUGAUGCUGCAUCGAAAUUAAGCGCAGUUCCGUCGACUUCUUCAAGUACGGUAGAACCCAGCAUGGAAGAUGCCAGCUACAAUAAUCCCGUGCAUUUUGAUUAUAAUCAUUUUGAUGUUGUGCCGAACGAAAAUACGAAUGUCGACGACAAGCGUGCCGAUAGAUGGAAAAGGCCAAAGAGAGACGACGGUAGAUUCGGCAACUUCGACCUGUAUGAAACUACCAGUGGUUACGUAAAUCCUACCUUUUUCAGCGCAGACGAGCUGGAGAAUUUAAAUGUAGUUCCUGUAUACACCACCAAAGACGGAAAGAUAACUUAUAGUCCUAAUCCUCGAUUCACGUAUCGCGAGCUACUUAUGGAAGCUCGUACGAAGGAUGGUAACUCUCGCGAACCGUAUUUCGCGAGAUCUCCGUCGUACGAUUAUUACAAUUGUUCCAAGUUGCGAAAGGUAUUCAAGAGAAAUCGCGAUGUUACUACCGCCGGUAGGAAAAAGGAGAUUGAUUCCAUCGACGUCAAGUCUGCAGCGAUACAUGUUGAUUAUUCAAAUAAGAAUGCUGUUUACAAAAAUGCUAACUGUGCAAAAACUCGAGGUAUGCAUUUAGAAUUCUUCAACGAUGACGCAAAUAAAUUAUAUACGAACAAGAACGAUCAAGAGAGCAAAGAAACUAAUAAGAAAAACAUUAUAGAUUUGGACUUCCUCGAAAAACAGUACAACUUAGACAGUACCGAACCUCCAUCCAACAUUACAUCCAGCAUUAAUAAACAUUGUAAGACAAAAGUAUUCGCGGACAAUCUCGAGUACGAGAAAGGAUACAACGAAAGCUCCGUGUUCGAAUCGAAUUUAUUUUUGGAACCAAGGGCCGCAUGUUGGGAAGAGACUAUGGAGUCAAUUAAGUCGUAUUCUUCCCACAUCGAUAGAAGAAACAGCGGUAAUGUUAAAGAGCUGAAUUUUAGUGAUAUAUUCGCUGCGCAGAAACGAUUGGAUACCUUUCCGUUUUUACCUGCAGAGCAAGACUUUUCUGACAACGGCAUUUAUAAAGCGAAUUGCGACGUGAUGAAUGAGCCAACGUUGCAUCAUACAACAUGUAACUUCAUCGACGAUCUACGUUCGAUUCAGGAUGACAAUUCGCGACAUGAACCAUCAAACGCUGCUGUAUGUAAUGAGCAAGAAAAUGAAUGUAAUAAUCAGAAGAUUGCGUCAGCAGACAUUAUUGAUAAACCAAUAAACAUACUUAAUGCAUCGUUGAAUAUGCAAAGUAAUGAUGAACACACAAAAAAGCAAGAAUCUCAGUUUGAUGGAGAUAAAUCCAGUGCGAUCGAAGUCGUUGAAAAAGCACGAUCGUGUUCUCCUAAAAUGACGAAUGAGAAAAUACACGAAGGAGAUCAAAGUUCUACGAGCUACGAGAAAAACAAGGAAGCCUCGACGGAACAGCCAGUCGAAGAUGAUUCGCAUCUUCGUUGCGAUCAUUCUGUCUCUCCAAAGGAAGAUAAACCCGAUGCUGAAGUUGCAAGUACGAAAGAAAUUUCGGAUGAAGAUUCUGCCAAAGUCACAAGUCCUUCUAAAUUAAACGUCGAACCUAAGGACUCACUUGACGAACCAAAAAAUAUGGAAACUGUAAAAGAAUCCACACUUGCUUUGAAUGAACGAGAUGAUGAAAUUAAUGAUUCAGUGAAAAAUGAUUCAAACUCUGCCGUGAAUCAAGAAACUAUAUAUCAACCAGUUUUAUCAGCUUCAAUCGAUCACAAAGAUAAAGAACAGACUACGCCUACGGAAUUGAAUGUUUCGACUGAGAUUACUUUCGAUCAAGCAGAUAAGCAAGACAUGUGUGAUAGAGAAGAUACUACGAUAUCUAAAGAAAACGAACCGAGUGCCUCGCAAAAUCCUAACGUUGCAUUCGUGGAACAAACGCUUGCAGAGGAAGGCAACGAGCAGCAAUCAGAAAUUCUGGAGAUCGAUGGACAAAAAGCUGAAGUUUCAUUGAAGAAUCGAGAAAAUGAUGAAAUGGAUACUUGUUCCACAAUAAUAUCUACGUCAGCCAUCGCUUUGAACCUACGAACGGAAGAGAACGUAUGUGACUUAUUCGCAAGCGAGAGGCGCGAACAAAACAUAUCAGAGUUCACCGUCAUCAAGAAUAUCAUUAAAGGCGACAAAAAGCAACGUCAAGAAUCUGAGACGAAUGAGACUCCCAAGAAUUACGACAACAUAAUCGAUUCCAAGUUACUGUGCAUGGAUUCUUCCGAUUGCGGGAUUUACGCGGAAGAUAGAUGCACGUUGCAAAUGCCCGAACAUGAUUUUGCGGAGGAAGACAGUAUGGUACCGAUGGUGUGGGAGACGAGCCAAAUCCAGGAAGACGCUGUCAAUCGUUUGUGCAACAUCAAUGAAUCGAUAGAUUUUGCGGGCGCGGUUAACUCACUCCAGGAUAAUUCGCUGUUAGACCAUUUGUCUCUCUCGAGAAUGUCUGCCACCAAAGAGUCUCAAGAUGCGGAGAUAGCUACUGAAAUUGAAAGCAAGGCGAUCGACGAAUCCAUAUCAACGGUCGAGGCAUCUAAAGCAGUGAUUGAGGAAUCUAAAGCAGCGCUCGAGGAAUCUAAAGCAACGAUCGAGGAAUCUAAAGCAGCGAUCGAGGAAUCUAAAGCAGCGAUCGAGGAAUCUAAAGCAACGAUCGAGGAAUCUAAAGCAGCGAUCGAGGAAUCUAAAGCAGCGAUCGAGGAAUCUAAAGCAGCGAUCGAGGAAUCUAAAGCACCCAUCGAGGAAUCUAAAGCACCCAUCGAGGAAUCUAAAGCACCCAUCGAGGAAUCUAAAGCAACAUCGAGUAACGAUGAAGGCAAAGAGCAGAAUCAAACUUCUUCUAGUAGCUAUGAGAAGAUAGCAUAUUUGCGCGCGACAGAUUGCAACGCUAACACAAAAAUGGUCCCUAAACUUGUUAUCAAGAAAAGCGAGACUAGCUCAAAGUUCGUUACGAAGGUGGGUUCCUCUCCCGUGACACAGGAUAGUACAUGUAAUAAGUCCGUUUGCCAACCGAAGAUACCAAAGAUGAUCAUCAGGAACGCGAGAUCACGCCCGGGAACCCCAUCUAUUGAGGCGGUUCACGAAGAAAUUCCUGCAAGUAUCUUGAAUCGGACUUCGCUUACGAUUGAUGAUAUAUCUAUUUGCAGUUCCGAAAGUUCUCUACACGAGUCAAAUAGUUAUAGGAAUAAAAUUCCCAAGAUGAAGAUUAAAUUAGAUGAGAAGCACUCCAAUAAGAUAGUGAGAGCCGAUGAUGACGAGGAGGUUUGUGUCAAACGCAAAAACGUUAAGAAAACUAUACCAAAGGUUAAAAUAAAGAGUAGCUCAAGGUCUGAUCUCGCGGAUAAUUUGGAUUGCAACAGUACGACUUCUCAAGAGUCAAGAGAAGCGGGAAGAUACGAGGAAAAGAUACCUAUACUGAAAUUGAAGAAGCAGGAAAGAAACAGAUCGUCAUCUCCAGAAGUGACACGGAAGAGGCAAUUCUCGAGCCAUCAUUUAGAAGUGCCGCUCAAAAAAUGCAGAAGAUCGGAACGUGAUGAUACGGAACAUCGUACAAGACGCAGCAACUCCUCCGAAUCAAUGCAAACAAAUGCGUCAGAAUGUGAAACGAAGAAUUCUGUGGUAUGCAUUUCUGAGAAGAUUCCCAAGGUAAUUAUCAAGAGAACAUCGGCUAGCGCGGAAUUCAAAUGCGAGCUGAGCAAGGGCUACAAGAACGUCAUUGCGAAGAGUGCAAAGUGGCAACCGGAGGUCAAGCUGGAAAGAUAUCGUAUCCUGGAUAGCAUGGUGAAGGAUUUGAAGUUAACUUUGUCUCCGAUUACGUUACGAGCUAUCGAGAAAAUGUCUGUAAAUCGCAAGGAUCGUCAGGAAAAGCAAGGUGAUUAUAAACUGUCCAGAUCGAACUCAACGUCCGACCUACUUCCGGUUAAGUGUAAGCAAAGAAGAAUGUCAGAUUACGAUUGUAGAAAAAUUAAUGACGCAUCAAGAGUCGAUGUAAAUUUUGUAUCAAAAACAGAUUCUACAGAUACCAAGAUGUGCACCACACCGAAGAAAAAUUCGUCGUCCAGAGGUCACAAGUCAAUCCACGAAUGUCGAAGGGACAAUAAACGUAGAUCGAGAUCUCGUGAUAAUAAUCCACGAUCGGAAGUGGAUGCUAUUUCGUCCGAUAAAGAAACCAAUCAGUCAUCUGAAAGAGCCAACUCACAGAAAGCUACCUCUCAAUAUAAUAAGCACAAGACUGAUAGUUUUGAUACCAAUAGCGAACAAACGGUGAAAACGGACGAAGAUACAAUUUCGAAUAAACUUGGUCAGAAGAAUACUCCCGUCAAACAUCUAAACAGCUCAAGCUUUAAGCUCGCAUUAAAGGAGCUGAAGGCAACAGUUGAAAGCAGAAUGAAGACAGAAACUUGUUUCAUGAAAUUACCCGGUCCGAGCGAAACAUCGUCUGAAAAAGUCGAUUUACGAACUGACAAGGAGCGGAGAAAAGAGCAAGAUGACGAUCAUUUUUUGAGCAAGGAUGGCGGCAAAGUUAUGAUAAAGAACAAACGUUUGAGUAAUUUCAACGACAUAGAUAUGGACUUGCUUAACGAGUCUGUGAGUAUAUCGGAUAAUUUCGAAAUAAAUAACAGCACUGUCAUUAAAGUUGAAUCUUCGGACGAGAGCCAGUCGACUAUAGAGAUUCUGCCUGCUUCACCGGAUGAUAAUCGUAGUGAGCUGGAGAGGAAUAUGAUGGAGGAUGGUGAUAACGAUCAAUUAUAUUCGGAGGAUGCGAUUCCGACCCAGUUCGAACUGGAGUUAGAGAUAGAGGACAACAGCAAUACCGAUCUACUAGAUGUAUCUAUGCCGAAACUUGAUCCUAUCACCUGUUACAAAUCACGUCGUAUGAAUUCUACUUACCAAGAGUCUAGCGAUCAAACUGCGAAAUUAGGACGUUACGACAAAUCUGAUGCUUCCUCUCACGGCAAGAAUUCGCUUGGGAAAGAUAAAAGUGUCGUGGAAAUUGAUAUUAGCAACGAUGAUAGAUCUAAAUUGGAGAACAGCUCGGCUAGCUCUGUCAAAGAGAUCUCUUCGAAAGCCCCUUGUUGCAGAGUAAUGGGUUUCGCUACGACGACAGAAAACUUCUGCUGCAACGACUCCUUGAUAAAAGAAGUUUUGGCAGCCAAGGAGACCUUGAAGAAGUGCCUUUCGAAAUCCAGAUACGAUGUACAGGGCAGCGCGAUAGGUAACAUGAGACCGAAAACAGCCGCGGAGAAGAAGCAGGGUUCGAGUUUUGAUAUCAAUCAAAUCUCGGAGGCACCUUCGAGUGACGCUAUUCAAAGCUGUCGUAGCGAUGUUGCGUCUCAGAAAAGCUGUAUACCCGUGGCAAGUAAAUGUAACAAGACUGAGAAAAUAUCUGAUACCGAGAAGUCUGAUAAGAAACAUUCCAAAUCAAGCAAAAGUUCCUUCAUGAAGAAGAAAUCUAGGUCAUUUGAGAAAAACAAAGCAGAUUCCAAGGACGCGAUAAAGGACACGUCCGAAUGCAAUAUAACAUCCUUAAAAACGUCUAAACAGGUCGAGAAAGCUGUGUCAAACGAGGGCCUAACUCGUACUGUACACUUAAACGAGAAAAGAAAAAAUCUAACUGAUCAAUGCAACGAUGUUCCUCAUUCGCAAGAUCUACAGCAAAGGAAAGAGAAGAAUCGGUUGUCGUCUUAUAAAAUUCCUAAGAGAUCCACCGAUCAGAGGAAUAACACAAGAAACGCGAAAGAAAUCAAGUCCAAAGAAGACAACAUGCCGAUAUUAGAGCCCGAGGUCAACGUAAACCUCGAUACGAAUUCAGAUAGAGAGAGUUCUAGAUCGCCCCCGGUCAUCACGAUUCAGGAAAGCGAAGAUCUCAGUAUAGCGGAGUCAAAGUUGAUGGACGAUAAAGUUAUAACGUCAAGCAUUAAAGUUGAAAGCAAUACAAAGGACAUUAAGAAGAGUGAAAUGUCUAUCGUCGAUUUCAUAACUCAAUUAGCUUAUCACGAAAAGGCGACGAUAAAAGAUAAACUAUACUGUAAUUUGUGUGAAAGACGGUUCUCUUGCAUCUCUCGGCAUGAAGAACACUUGGCUGGAUAUCAACACCGUCACAUAGAAUUGACACAACGUAGAAGCAUUCACGCACUGUUCACACUCUUCACGGGCAAGCCUUGUCCCAAGCUAGUUCCGGCGAAUGUUGUACGAAAUGAUUGCUCUAUAGGUGAAUUAACGCCGUUACAAAUUGCGGUACAGGAUGUCACAAAGUGUUUUGACUGCACACAACAAAGUCCAAGGAAAGAAAAUGACGUUGAUAAAUAAUCGCGAGUAAGUUAUUUAAAUUACAAGCCUAUAUACAGUUACUGUGAUUAUAAUAACGGCUUAAAGUGCAAUCUUUUUACAAACGUUAUCCGCGAUGAUAACGAAAUAUCGAAUAUUUUAUAUCGCAGUUAGAUCGCAAGCGAUCCAGCUGCUACUGUUAAUGGCGUCGACAUCGAAAUUUUAAUUGCUAGAUAAUGAACGCUUUGAAAAGUUUGCUGAUUUUAGCUAAGUCAACCGAUGUGGGUCAUCAUUAACAAAGAGUUACCCAAGGGAUACUUCUAGCUCGCAAUUAGAUGUUUUAGCCAAAGAUUUUAACAGAAUUAAAUAAUACGCGUUCGAUUAUUUACACUUGCAAAAGAGACUUCGGUCUUUUAUUUGUACAAAGUUUUACGAGUGAUGUUCAACCGCUGAAUGUGCUCACACUGCGAAUUUUUAUUUAUAUUAUGAAGAGACUUAUAUAUAAAACACGUAGAUAGAUAUAUACACGCGUACAUAUGGAUAUAUAUAUAUAUUUCGUCAUUCCAGUUUGCAAAAAUAUGUACACUGGCAAUAUUAUGUUUGUAAGAGAUGUAUACGGUUAAAAUUAUGUGAAAUAUGGUACAAUUAUGUCUCUGAUAAUAGAGACGGCGUGCAAGAAAAAAA